AGAGUGUGUGUGUGGAGCAUCAGGUAGUCCUGCCGUGGGCAGGUGAGGCCGGAGGCAUUAGUUGGGGUCCGAAGGGAGGCCGCUCAGAGGGGCUGGGUUUUGUCAGGAGCUUUGCAUGGGAGCUUUGCACAGUUCCUCGGGCAGGAGGGCAGCAUAGUCGACUCUGUGUUUCAGAGCCCUACCCCCAGCAGGAGUAUUUAUUUGAAAAAUUCCUGAUGACUAAUGUCUGCCUUAUAAGCAGUACUACUGCCUGCUGGGAUGAAAAGCUGUCUUUUCAUGCAGGGAGAGACGCAGUGAUUAUCCCAGGCCUUCCCACUGAAGCCCCCUAAAGCCUCAGGAGAGGAGUGGAAAGAACUGGCGUUACCAGGGGAACUGGAUCAUGGAGCUGAGGGGAGCUGCUUACCCUCGCUCCUCUGCCCACCACUGCGUCACCAGCUUCCCCCAAACGGGCCUUUUAUCCUGUUCAAACAGGCUCAAUGCCAGACCAGGAGUUGGAGGUGUGCGCUCUCGUGUUGGGAUCCAGCCAACUCUUCUUAGCCAACCAGCCCGCACAGCCACCUUCCAGCGGAGGUUUGAUGCCCGGCAGAAGAUUGGCCUCUCGGAUGCCCGGCUCAAGCUGGGAGUCAAGGAUGCCCGGGAGAAGCUUUUGCAGAAAGAUGCCCGGUUCCGGAUCAAAGGGAAAGUGCAGGAUGCCAGAGAGAUGCUGAACUCCCGCAAGCAGCAGAGCACAGCGCCCCAGAAGCCCCGCCAGGUGGCGGAUGCCCGGGAGAAGAUCAGCUUGAAGCGAAACUCUCCUGCUGCCUUCGUGAGCCCGCCCGUCGGGACGGUGACCCCUGCUCUGAAGCUCACCAAAACCAUCCAGGUUCCACAGCAAAAGGCCGUGGUGCCACUUCAUGCCCAUCCUGCUGGAAUGAGGAUCAACGUUGUCAAUAACCACCAGGCCAAGCAGAAUUUAUACGAUCUGGACGAAGAUGAUGAUGUUAUAACUCCCAUUCCAAGUAAACAGAUGAAAUUUGCAGAUUCAGACAGCUUCCUCCACCACGUGGCUGGGCUGAGCAGUUCCAAGCUUUCCAUGUCCAAGGCCCUGCCUCUCACCAAAGUGGUCCAGAAUGAUGCAUACACAGCCCCUGCUCUCCCCUCCUCUGUUCGAACAAAAGCCUUGACCAACAUGUCACGGACACUGGUGAAUAAGGAGGAACCCCCCAAAGAGCUGCCACCCACUGAGCCUGUCCUCAGCCCCCUGGAAGGCACCAAGAUGACUGUGAACAAUCUGCACCCUCGAGUCACGGAGGAGGACAUCGUUGAGCUUUUCUGUGUGUGUGGAGCCCUCAAACGGGCUCGGCUGGUCCACCCUGGUGUAGCAGAGGUGGUCUUUGUGAAGAAGGACGACGCCAUCACUGCCUAUAAGAAGUACAACAAUCGGUGCCUGGAUGGGCAACCAAUGAAGUGCAACCUUCACAUGAAUGGGAAUGUUAUCACCUCAGACCAACCCAUCCUGCUACGGCUGAGUGACAGCCCCUCAGUGAAAAAGGAGAGUGAACUGCCUCGCAGGGUGAAUUCUGCCUCCUCAUCCAACCCUCCUGCCGAAGUGGACCCUGACACCAUCCUGAAGGCACUCUUCAAGUCCUCCGGGGCCUCUGUGACCACACAGCCCACAGAAUUCAAAAUCAAACUUUGAGCAGGGGAGGAAGACAGCCAGAAGUGGGGGCAGAGGAGGGUGGCUCUGUUUCCCAAAGCCAAGCUUGUGACCAAUGGGCCAUGGGACUGGAGGCCUCCGUGAAUGGGAAGGUUCACCAGGGGCUGCGCUCUUCCUUACUGGAUGGGACCCACCUUUCUGUGUUGUGUUCUUCACUGCACUCUUCUGUAUGUUCAUGUUUCCUCUUGUAUGUUUUUUCUCCCCUUCACCUCAUCACCAAGGUAGGCUUGUGUUUCUCAGCAUGUCCUUCCCCCAACCUCAGCCCCAAACUGAAUUCUUACUGGAUAUGGAGCACUAAAUACUCUCAGUGGCCCUCUUGUGGCCCCACAGAACACACGGUAGGGGCUGUUUGAAGAAGACUGCUUUCUCCAGGGUGUGAGAGGCACCUUCCUCCUUCUCUUUAAACCUUUCAAACAAAGGAGGAAGUGGAAACCCCCACUGUCACGAUGGGAGCCAGGUCUCUGUGACACUCAUGCUCCCAGUCAGUGGGGAUAGCCUAGGUGGGGAUCAGGUCCUCUUACCACUAUUAGCUUCAGACCAGUCUGGACUCUGGAGAGGGCUGUGUGGCAAGGGCAGGAUGAGGCUGCUGCUCUGCUGUGAGGGCUGCACCCCCAGCUCUUGGCUUGGAGGGUCCUUGAUGUCUCAGGCAACCUGGAAUAAAUUCUCAGAGUCUACAUUUCCCUUUUUCUUUGAGUUGUAGUGAAUGCUCCGCCCCAGCUCUUUUGGACAUUGGGGUUGUCACUGCUGGGAGGGGCUUACGCUGGCAGCUGUCCCAGUUUCAUCUGGCGUGGCAGUCAUCACUUCCUUGGUUUGGUGCAAAUGCCACCUGGGUCAGCACUCUACUGGUUGGACCUUCAAAUGCUUGGCCUCCCAGUUCUGUGACCCCUGUGGGUUUAGGGAGUGUUUUAAAGGGCGAUGUUAACUGCAACCAGCCUCUGGUUCUUUUUCUCUGGGCUCAAAUGUCUGUAGGACAGUAGUCAAGGAAGCUAAUAGGAACAUAUCCAGCUGUCACCAAGGGGUACUCCUCUAACCCUCUGGGUCACCCACCCAUCUAUUACCAGAGGAGUAUUUUCUUGCCUUGGCAGAGUGUGUGUGUGUGUGUGUGUGUGGGGGGGGUGGUUGGUAAUUGAGGGAACAGACCAAACUUCUAAGCAAACCAGUGGGUAGUUCCCCCAGGAUGGUCCCAGGCAGUUGGGCGUGCUUCCCCCACCCUGGGCAGCAUUGCUCUGCUAUCAUUCUUAGUCUUCUGCUGCUUUGUCGGGGCUAUGGGCUGUCUUCUGUAGGUUUGUUGGAACCGUGGGGAGUCCAUGCUGCCAGAGCUGGAGCAGGUUGGGCAGCAGGAUCCUGGAACCUGUAUAAAGUCAGUAUCAAGUGCUGUGACAGGCACAAGACCAGAAAGUAAACCCCAGGACCUGAAGCACUAAGAACCUCUCAGGACCUGCUUGGGUUUAACCCAGUGAAGAAAAACCUGGAGAUUCAUGUUUCCACAGAGCUGAUAAAUCAGGCAAGCAGAGGGGAGCAGCUUUAAUCCUCCAUCUCUGAGGUUGGCCGGACCUAGAAAGUGCAAGGAACAAGGAAGAUACUCCACUUCCAUGUCUUGUCCCCCCCCCUCCCCGCCACACACACACCCAAGAAUGCUGCUUUUCUUCCCUUGUCCCCUUUUGAAUGGGUACAGACUUAGGUCUCUUCAGCAGCUGGAAGACAUUCCUCCCACACUUCAACCGUCUGACCCAACAGAGCAUCCAGAAGGCAGUAGGACCUGGUUUUUCAGGUGCUGAAAACAGUUGGAUCAUUGCUUGGAGUCUACUUAGAGUAGGGAUGGUACAUAUACCACCGGAAUGGCUUUACCUUCCCCUCCUUUACCCAUGCCAGAAGUACUUCGUUUAUUGCAGUUUUCAUUGAGCUCAGCUGCAGCCCCCUGUUGCGCCCUGUGCUUUGGAAGGUGGUGGGGGUGGGAUGGGGUGGUGGAAUAUGUUUGCCACCUCUACUGUAUGUCACCUUGGUAAAAAAGGGAAGAGAAGGUAGUGGGCCAGUCUUGUUUCCCUCUCCCUUCUUGACCUCCCACUCCUGUACAUUACCCAUCUGUCUCUUUUGUUCAAAAGGAGAGGAAGAAGCAUUAAGUGAUGGAGAAGAUUAUCUAUUAUCCAUUUCUGAAUAAAAUUUGUUAUUCCUACUUUUGAGCUGUCAUUUCUUAAAAGAUUCUGCUGAGUGGCCAGGUGGGACUUGGCACCAGAAGACAGGAAUUUGCUUCUUUGCUUUGUUUGCUACUCCCCAUCUCUGACCUCAGACCAGUUACUCACAGGACUCACUGAAUCUCAGUCUUUGCAGCUAAGAGAGUGUGUCCAUCAAUGACUGGUACAGAGUUUCCUGAAUUUUCUUUUGCUGUGCUGGGGAAUCUGGCAACCUAGAAAUGUCAAUGGAUGCAAAUAAAAUUAGCCCUAAGAAAAGCCUGCUCUAUUUAGCCAAAAGAAUAGGAAAGCAAGACUGAAAAUCACAUUCAAACACCACAGGGAAAAAAUGCAGUCCCACCCUCUAGCAAAGGGCAGUCAGAAAACUAAACUCCUGCCCUUCCAGGGCUGCGCUGGGUUACCCCAAGGUCCCCACUGGGUGGUAUCAGAGAAGGCUGAGUAAGGAGCUGGAACUUUAAGCUACAUGACAAGGAAGGAGACAUUCCAUCCCCUCUAAGAGGGGUCUUACUGUAGAGGUUUGGAAGCUGUUGUGCACUCCAGGAACAGCCAUGUUAUUUUAAUCCAUUUCUAUGAGUGCAGACCUGCUGUAGGUGGGACCUUCAGAUUAGGUUAAUUCAAUUGAGAUGUGGCCUGCCUAAUUGAGAGUGGGUCUUAAUCCUCUCAUGAAGUCCUUUGUAAGAGGACAAAGGACACACAAAACCCAGAGAAGCUGGGAGAGAUGAAAUUGAAAGAAGCUCAUAGAGAAGAGCCCUGGAAAAACUGAGACGAUCCACAGAAGCUCAGAGAGGAAGCCUCUGUAACCAGAAGCUGAAAGCAAGGAAACUUGGGAGUGAAAGACCACCAGAUGCUAUGUGCCUUCCUGUGUGACAGGUGUCCCGGAUGCCAGCAGCCUGGCUUUGGAGUCCAGGUAUUAUCCUAUUGAUGCCUUGAGUUGGACAUUUUCACAGCCUAAUAACUGUAAAUUGCAAGUUUACUCCUAGCAAUUACAAGGAGCCCCUCACAACCUGAGGGUCAACGGAGGUCAUGACUUUCCACCCCCAUCUGGAAGUUAUGAAGCGAUCCCUCCCAUUCCCUGCCAGAGGUGCGUCAAAGGAUGCCUGCGAUGAUAAGAUUUAAGUAAUAUCCAGAGUCUCACAAGAUGACACUAAAAUGUCCAUGUUUCAAUAAAAAAUUACUCAUACCAAGAACCAGGAAAAAUCUCAUCUUGAAUAACACACAAUAGACAUCAACAUUGAGAUGCCAGAGAUAUUAGAAUUAACUGACAAGGAUUUUGAAGCAGCCAUCACAAAAAUGCUUCAACAAGCAAUUGUGAAAGUGCAUGAAAAAAAUGAAAAAUUAUGUUCAGCAAAAAAGAAGAUAUAAAGAACAAAUAAAAAUUUAACUGAGAAAUACAAUAAUCAAAAUAAAAAACACAAUGUAGGAAAAACAGGAAAGACUCGGCCAACUGACUUGAAGAUAGACCAGUUACUCAAUCUGAACACAGAAAAUAGACCAAAACAACAAUGACCCAGCCUCAGGAACCUAGGGUAUUAUACCAAAACAACAACAAUAACAAAACCCACACCAAAAAGUAUAUCAUUGGAGUCCCAGAUGGAGUGAAGGAGGGUGGGGCUGAAAAAAUAUUUGAAGAAAUAAUGACUGAAACUGCCUAAAUUUGGGGGAGAAAAACAAAAACCACAAGUGCUGAUUAAAUAAGCCCAGAGAACCCCAAACUGGAUAAACCCCAAGAAAUCCACACUAAAACACAUCAUUGUCAAACUUCUGAUGACUAAAGACAAAAAAAAAAAAAAAAAAAAAAAAAAA